AUGUUUCCAACGAAUCAUAAAACUGUAUUUGUACUAGAUCAUACACCUUAUUUCGGUAUAUCAUCAGAGAAUCCAAUUGAUUUCGAUGUUGCAAAAAGUCGCGGUCCAGGGUACGUACCGCUUCCAGCCGUCUGCAAGUCUCUUUGGACCUGCAGCGUAGAGGCUGCUGUUGAAUAUUGCCGUAUCGUGUGGGACUUAUUUCCUGAAGGAAAAUUAGUGAGAUUUGUUGUAAGCGACUUUGCUGCACACAUUCUGAAUACAUGGGCAAUAAGUCAGCAAAAUUUCACACAUUUAUUAAAUGGUCUAUGCCUGGUUGGGCCAGUGCGUCGUGGAGCUGGUGGGGAUGUAGUGGGUCUCUGUGCAGCUAUCGAAGCCCUAGGGGAACCCACUGGUGUUCAGGCGGCUAGACCACCAGAUAGCCUCUUUCAGAAUCGUGGUCGUAUUCUGUGUAUAACAAGCGCCAGAGAUGAUGACUCUAUACGCAGUUUAAUAGACAUAGCUGUGAACACUCUGGUGCAACAAAACCAGAAGGCAUCUGAACCACAACCUACACCUGUAGAUGGAAACAAUACACAGACCCUUGCAAUACAUUACUGUCACUUGAUAGUGAUAAAUGUUACACCGGAAAAAACUGACUCAAGGGUUACCAACCAACCACUCACUGAGAUGGCAGGUGGUCUAAUGGGUGUUGAGGUGAUAGUGUGUAGAGCUAGUCUAUUAGCAGGUCUUCUAGGACGGCUAGUGUUGCCACAUUACCGGCUAGCCAUUACCACUGUUACUGGCAUCCCUAUGAAGGAAGAACAAAACGCUACGUCAAGUGCAAAUUACGACGUGGAGAUCAUUCAUUCGGCGGAGGCUCACGCGGGACUUAGAGCGGCACAGACAGCCGCUGAGGCGACUGAGUCGGUGGUGCUCCGCUGGUGGACCCCCCGCGGCGCGGAGGGCGGUGCGGGCGGCUGUCACGGACCCUUAUGGCGAGUGACGCCCGCGGACGCCGCCUCAAGACCCUCCGCGUGUCUCGUUAACUUCUUACUCAAUGGACGAUCAGUUACACUCGAACUACCCAGUAAAAAGGGCGGAGGUCGUUCAGCGUCCCACGUGCUAGCAGCUCAAGGCGGCGAACUAUGGAUAGGAGCUUUGGGAGGAAGAUCACCUCACGACGACCCGCCCGCACUGUCUGAAGGCGCUGGGGGCAGGGUCACUGACUACCGUAUAAAGGAGUUCGGAGCUCUAAUGCAUCAGAAUAAACUGUACCCGGGGCGCGGUGCAGGCGCCAACACGCGCGCCCGGGCCCGGCUACAAAGACACACUACCUACUGGCCGCUCACUAUAUCGUCCACACUCAUAUUCAAUAUGGGCUCCGUGAUGGAGCCGUUGACCCGUCUGGUGGUGCAGGAGUCUCUAACUGACGAAGAAGUGGAGCAGUGCCGGGCCGUACUCAUGUCGCUACUGGCUAUGGAGGCGAGACACGACCUGCCCGCGCCGCACCUGCCCGCCGCUGCUCGCGGUAAGUCGAGCGGUCGUCGCGAGGAGCAGUGGCGUCAAGUGUGGAGCGAGGCGGAGGCUCUAGUGAGGGCGCACGCCGUGACCCCCGCGCACAGGGCGCUACUACGGGCUCUGCAGGUCACCAGGACACAUAACAAUGGUGACGGUGAUUCCCGUGCCACAGUAAUAAAGGCUACAACGGAUUCCCCCCUAUCACCUGUGAGUGGGGGGUCGGAUGUAUGGGCCCCGCGGAGCGCCCUGGACGCCCUGCUCGGGGCUCCGAGACCGCACCGGAGGCCCGACUUCGCUGGACGUAUGGCGGCCGGAAAUAGGCCGGCCACGCUGUACUCACAUCUACAGAACGAUGAACAACAUUAG